AUGCAGCGUGCAAUCCAAGAAGCCAAGCAGCGAUAUGGCCUGUCCGGCAAUGUCCAGCAACUGCCGCAGCCCCAACUCGUCAAGAUCCAGCAAAUAGCUGCACAUGCUGCGAAGCAAGAACUCGAAACGCGCCGCCAACAGAUGCAGGCUCAGUUCCAGAUGCAACGCGCCCAACAAGCCGCCCAGGCGCAGGCACAGGCUCAUGGUGAAAUGGUCGAUGGCCAGGGUGGUGCCGGCAUGGAUAGAGUUGUGGGUGGCGGUGUGAGAGGGGAAGGAGAAGGUCAGUGGGAUCCAGAGGAGGCUGCAGCGGAGUUCUCGCGGGAAGUUUCUCCUCCUCCUGUGGGAGCACGUCUGUUUCCCUUCGGCAGACAAGGCAAUGCUGUCCAGGGGGUAGUGGAGAGCCUCGAACAGGAGGUGGAAGAGAAGGUCAAGAACGGGCUGGAGCUGGAAGCCACACAGGAGCGAAGCACCUAA